CCUCCUCCUCUCUCUUUCAUCUUUCUCUCCCUAACAAUCCUAUUGUUCUCUAUCAAAGUACUUGUCAGUUCUUUGUUCUGCUACAGACAAACCCCGAUAACUUUUCAUUAUGACGGUAGAUGCCCCCUAUGAUAUCCUCAUUGUUGGAGCGGGGAUCUUCGGUGUCAGUACGGCCUACCAUCUAUCGCUCCAGUCGCCGCAGCCACGCAUCGUCCUCCUCGAUCGCAGUCCUGCACCACCGUCUCCCGCAGCCUCUACUGAUAUCAACAAGAUCAUUCGCGCGGACUACUCCAAUCCGCUCUACAUGACCCUCGGAUUCGAGGCCCUCGAGGCCUGGGAAUCCCUCCCCAGCUUCCAAGCCGCCGGGGUCCACCAUCCGUGUGGAUGGAUCUGCAUGGACGAGAAAGACAGCGACACCGCCGUCCGCGUUCGUCAGAAUUUCCACCGCGCCGGUCGCGAUGACUGCGUCGUCGACAUGACGGAGGCGGAAGUCCGCGAAGCGUGGGGCGGACUGCUCCAACAGACCGACUGCUCGCCGUUCGGAUCCUACUACUUCAACCCCUCCGCGGGCUGGGCCGAUGCGGGCAAGGCGCUGCAGGUCCUGACGCAGGAGGCCAUCCAGCGGGGCGUCCGGUUUGAAAUCGGCGAGGCGCGUCGCAUCACACGGGACAACACCGGCGCGCUCGGGGUGAAAACCGCCGACGGGACGGUCUACACGGCCAGCCAGAUCGUUCUGGCGACCAGCGCGUGGACGAGUCAGCUCAUGUCGUCCAUCGAGGAUGAGCUGGAUCUCCCCGAGGCGGACCGGGUCGAGCGACAGAUUACCGCGGCAGGGGUGUGCGUGUCGCAUUUCCGUCUGUCGCCCGCAGAGCACGAGCGCUACGCACAGCUGCCGGUCUUCGUUUAUGGCGGACAGGGAGAGGUGAUUCCUCCCACGGCAGACGGGAUCCUCAAGUUUACGACGGCCUCCUCUUUUACCAACACCAUCCGCACCGCAUCAGGACACGAGAUUUCUGUGCCGGUCUCUGAUCAGUUGACAGUCCCAGAGAAGAUGCAGGAGGCGCACCUGAAGGAAAUCCGGCCCCGGCUGCCCGAAUUUCUAGACCGCGGACGUCGCCAGCCCGAGUGGUAUCGCCUCUGCUGGGACGCCAUCUCCCCCAGCCAGCAUCCACUGAUCACUCGGCAUCCCGACUCUCGGCUGGCCAACCUUUAUCUCGCCGUGGGAGGCUCAUUCCACAGCUACAAGUUUCUCCCCACGAUUGGGCGGUAUGUGGUGAACGUGCUGCAAGGGGUGAGCAACGGGCCCGAGAAAGACGAAGCGUGGGCGUGGAAGACAAUCCAACCGAGCGAAAAAGGCGUGCAUGAGAAAUUGAUUCCUACCACGGAGUAUCGAGACUUGGUGUGAGGAGGUGGCGUUGGACAGCACACAGCCGAGUGCACGGAUGGGGUAAUACGAGGACGCGUGGCUGCCAGUGCGGGGGAUGCAAUUAGCUCGAUCCAUCCAUGCAAUAACUCACCGACUGUUAAGGAUCGAUUCCUUUUGCGUUCUAUUCAGCCUGAUAAGCUUGCUAGGCGAAGGUUGUAGCCGACCGAGGAAUUGUAGCAUUCUUCGGUGGGUCGAAUUCAUUACUCACUCACCGAAAUGCCUUUUGCACAGAACACAAAAGCAACAAACCCAGAGACAAACAAGCUCAAUAAUGAGGC